GUUCCUGUGCUCUAAAUGGAAAGAGGAGGCCGCUGCCAGACACAUGUAGCUGAGAACAAAAGGAUCAGGCAGUGGAAAUCAACAUGCCCAAUCCUUCUUCGACAUCAUCCGUCAGGAAGCGCUAUACACCCCAGACUUUUAGCCAGUCCUGUGAUGUUGUUUAAAGUGAACAUGGCGUCCGCGUUUACAUGUGAGACCUUACACACCGGCCAGAAGAUCCCGAUCAUUGGACUGGGCACCUGGAAGAGCGCCCCCGGCCAGGUGAAAAGUGCCGUAAAAUCUGCGCUCGGUGUUGGAUAUCGCCAUAUAGACUGCGCCUCCGUGUAUGGAAAUGAGACUGAAGUAGGAGAAGGCAUCCAGGAGAGUCUCAGCGCUGAUCAGGGCCUAAAAAGGGAAGACCUAUUCGUCACCUCCAAGCUGUGGAAUAACAAGCAUCACCCUGAGGAUGUGGAGGGAGCGCUGAGGAAGACCCUGAAGGACCUGCAGCUCGAAUACCUGGACCUGUACCUAAUGCACUGGCCCUAUGCCUUCAAGAGGGGAGAUAAUAUUUUUCCUCAGAAUCCGGAUGGCUCCCUGCAGUACGACUUUACCGACUACAAGGACACAUGGAAAGCCAUGGAGAAGCUGGUGGAGAAGGGUCUGACCAAGGCCAUCGGGCUGUCCAACUUCAACAAGCGUCAGAUUGAUGACAUCCUGAGCAUCGCUGCUGUGAAGCCGGCCGUGCUACAGGUGGAGUGUCACCCAUAUCUGGCACAGAACGAGCUCAUCGCUCACUGUCACAAGAACGGUCUUGUCUUCACCGGUUACAGUCCCCUCGGGUCUCCGGAUCGCAGCUGGAGAAAACCUGAGGACCCCGUUCUGCUGGAGGAGCCCUGCAUCCUGGAGAUGGCAAAGAAGUACUCCAAGUCUGAGGCCCAGAUCCUCCUCAGGUGGCAAGUGCAGAGGAAAGUUGUCACCAUCCCAAAAAGUGUCACCCCGUCCCGGAUCCUGCAGAAUCUCCAGGUCUUUGAUUUCUGUCUGACAGAAGACGAGAUGAAGGAGAUCGGAGCCCUGAACAAGAACUGGAGAUACAUCAUCCCCCUGAUCACUGUAAAUGGAAAGUCGGUCGCCCGGGACGCCGGACACCCCAUGUAUCCGUUCAAUGACCCGUACUAGGAUGGCAACCCCGUGAAAUCUCCGCCUACAUCCCCUGACUCCGCCUCUUUCAGUAAUAAAUUUUCAGCUUCGCGGUC